CGAACAUCCCUAGUCGCAGCGUAUAUUAUACUACUCUUUGGUCGCAGCCCUGGCCUAAACAACCCUUGAAAUUUAUGUAAAACGAAAUCUAAUUUACGGGAAUUAACUACUCUACUCAAUGCUAAAACAAAUAGUGUGAUAUCAUUGCUAACAAGUAAACUUGCAGACUUUCUCAUGGAGUGGCUUGGCUCCACCAUUCUUAAAACAUUAUGGAAACCUACUAUCAACUCUGUUAGGACUCGUUUUCACGCUGACAAAACUCGACUAGUAAGAAGAUAUGGUUAUAGAGAAUUAUUAUGGCGUGGUGGUUUGAUGCCAAGAAUAGGAGCUAGAAAGCUUCCCAUCCCAGAAUACAGGCCUGCCAAUGUUUGGACUGAACGUAGAGCAUUAUUUGGACAAAAUGACUACAUUGACAUUCUGGGAACAGGAGCUCUUCAUCCUGUAAAGACAUUGUACACAGUUCCUUCAUGGAUUAGAGGAGUCAGUGGCGAGGAAUACCAUGUGCUUCUCAGAAAAAAGAAAAUGUGGGCCAAGACUGGUUCUCCUCAAACCAGACCAACUAAGUGGAAGGAGCUUGAGAAAAGAAUGGGUUACCUAUAUAGGAAACUUAAUAGGAAAACUAAAACUGGACCUUCACCUGAUUAAAUUCUUUUUAUUGUCAAUAGUAGCUUGUAUAGUGAUAUAUUAAAUGUUAAAUAGUUUAAUAUGUGUUAUUUAUUAUGUAUUUGUAUUUGAACUAUUGUAUCCACUAUUAGAAAGUUUGUUUGUGUUAACCACCAACAGAGUUGGGUGCAAUCAUCAGCGCAAUACUGUACAGCAAAGUUCAUUUUUUGUUGCACUGUCCAUGGGGCUGUAGUAUAAUGAAAUAUGCAUACAGAAACAUUACCACCAAAAGGUAGUAUAAUUUUACUGUGGUCUUCUUUAAGGGAGAGGUUCCCUCCUGGUUCCUGAACAGUCGCAAACUGUUUUUAUCCCUGUUGUGAUGGAUUUAAUGGGGCCUCGAAGUACAGUUCUCCCUCGAGUUAUAAUCGCCACAGCCGGAUUACUCAAAAAAAACUAAAUUUAUUAUAACUUAUUUAAUGUUACAAGAAAAAUAUAAAAUUAUAAUUAUUUUAAGGAAACGAAUUGACUUGAUCGAUGCUAGAUACGAAGUGUCGGUUUCACGUAGUCACGUAGGCCAGCAGCGGCUUGCACGAGGCACUCGCAUGUUGCAGCCUCAGCGAUUCCGUAGUUGUUGCGAAAAUCAGGUCGAUCGCGUGGAAAUGACGUCUAUGAACUUCGUGUCAGCGAUCUGCAUAGAGGCGCGCGGUGUAACACCUCCCCCCUUAGAUCAGCAACUAUUUUAGAAUGUUAAGAGAAAAUGUUGCUGGUAUCUUCUUUGGAUGCUGGGAGGAUUCAGCGUCUUCAUAAGUGUGUUGCUCAUUUGAAGUUGGCUCCGGCGUUGCUCUCAGUAGUCUUCGGCGUAAUAGGAUGAUGGCAGUAAUGGAGAUAAGGCAGAUUAGAACACUGUAGAUGGGGAUCGUUGUAUGAUAGAUAAUUGAUUGCUGCUCUCCUUGUACAGGAUCUUGUUGGUUAAUGUCAUCUUGCAGGUGAUGCAACUUCGUCAGACUGAUUGUGUUAAUGUUGAGACGCCGGGGCGCGGGUUCGUUGUACUUGAUUGAAAUGUUAGUUAUCUUCAUUGGUUGCCCUUUUAUCUGGUUGUUCACGUUAGCUAUGGUGAAUUCUUCUGUUCGUAACAUACAGUGGUUCGGAAUUGUAACUAGGAAACUGCCGGCUAGUGUGUUAUGUUCCUCACAUUCGCAUAUAAGCUGUACUUGAGUUGGUUCCGGUAGGACGAUGGUAUAGUGGCUGUCAUCAAGUUUUUCCAUAACAGGCUUCUUCAAGUUGACGUUGAUCUUCUCACAGGAGUCUAUUACGGUGUGAUCCUUGAUGAUGUUACAGAUGCACUCCGGUUCUGACUUCAGCUGCAGAUUUAUGUUUUCUUCACAGAUGUAUUUGCCGCUCAGCUUCGGGCAUUCAGCCUCUAUGUACACGUGAUUAUCUCUAGUGAUUGCUAGGAAUGGGUAGGUAGGUAGGACAAUUUCCCUGUUUUUAUUUGGUACUAUCGCGAGUUUGUAUAAAGUAUAAGUGGACGAAGAUACUACUGGUACUCUAAAGGCGAAAACUAUUUGAUAACCAUUAUAAUAAGAGCCUGGUUUUAUAAUAUCGUAAAAAUCUCGGGUAUCUAGUUCUAAUAGCUGGUUCUUAUUAUAAAUGCUUCUAAGUUUGCUUAUCAUACUAUUUACUAUACCUAAACUUAACAUAGAAUGAUGCAUGCUUGAUGCACGACAGAAUGCUAACGCGUUCUCAAUUCUAAGUAAUUCACUUACUAAGCUAUCUACGUUAUCGCUAAUUAUACCUAAUGCUUGUGCGAAUUUUGCAAAUUUUAAAAGUGUAUAUUGCGUAUGCAUUUCUGCAUCAAUUAAGAUAUUUAGGGUUUCGUUAACUUGAAUUUGGUUCCUUACAAUUUUAUUUAUUAUUUCAGUGUGCUCAUUCAUCCAAUCUUUGCUAAGACUGAUAUGAUGAUUUUGUGCAAUUAUAACUCUAUCUUGAUUCGUCUUAAGAAUUUUUAGAGCAUCUUCAUAUUUUACAGCAUCCGUGUGAUCUAAGUUCCCGGUAAUGCUCUUAAUAACGGAACCUAAACCAUCUAUGAGGCCUCUCUUCGAUCGAUUUGGCUCUAAACUUUUUAAUUGAAACGAUGCUUUGUCUAAUUUAUUAGUGAGAUGAUCAAUUUGGAAUUCGUAAAGUGUAUAGGUAUAGUUGUCUAAUCUAUUCUUAAUUUCUACUAAUUGCUUAUAAACUAAGUUCAAAUUUUCUUCAAUAUCACUAAGUUCUACGUAUUGAAGAAAAGUAUGGUAAUGAGUAGUCAAAACCAUGGGUCCUAAUCUAAAGGGUAGAAAUCCUGGUCCGUCUUCAAGCCGCUCCAGUUUUAUCUCCUGAGCCUGGGACAGGCUGAGGAUUAAUGUUAACAGCAUCCUGUAACAAUUUUGCUGAUUUAGGAAGCCUCUUUAGUCUAGCUUUUGCUACAGGUCCCUUUUUCUUGGACGUGUAGAUAUGUAUUGGCAAGUCUGCUAGAACAGAGUCUUGCGUAUACCUAGGUGCAAGUUUAGAACGACUAGCGGCGGGAUUGCUAACAAAUAUCUGUUGUUCGGGUUGAUAUUCUACCUCAGAUUCCCGGGUUCUGUUACGAUUCUCUAUAAUAUUUGUCCUAGUAGCGAGUGAAUUCUCAUUUAUUAUUUCGUAGACGCGUUUCAUCUGCUCUCUAUGUGCUAAUGUAUACUGUUGUAAAAGGCGUUCGGUAAGAUUAAUGUCAGUUGGGUCUCGU